CCCAAAUCGAGAUAGCUGAAAUUCAUCGGUUCGUAUCAAAGAAGGCAUAAUUUACCCAUAAAAUGCACCACGACCAGUAAAGGCAAAGUGCAGCGCUAGUGAAAACAUCGAAGGUUUCCCAGCUAGUGCAGCGAACUUUUGCGACCGAAAACUGCAGCAAAAUGGGCACAAAAGAUCUUCUGAUGAACAUCAUCAGCGAAACUUGCGAUACCAAUAUCGACAAAGUGACGGUCGUUGGAACGGGAGAUGUUGGAAUGGCCUGCGUUUUUAGCAUUUUAGCUCAGGGCGUUUCUAGCGAUGUGGCCAUGGUUGAUUUGAACGAGAACAAAAUGAUGGGCGAAUUAAUGGAUCUGGAACACGGCCGGCUUUUCCUCAACGCUAAAAUCAGCGCUGGGAAAGGAAACGAUUAUUCUGUAACGGCUGGAUCGAAAGUGUGCGUCAUAACUGCAGGCGUGAGGCAGAAGGAAGGAGAAUCUCGUCUGGACCUGGUCCAAAGAAACACGGACGUUCUCAAGGCGAUCGUUCCGAACCUUGUGAAAUAUUCCCCCGACACCAUUCUGAUAGUCGUCAGUAAUCCGGCCGAUAUUUUGACUUACGUAACAUGGAAAUUGAGCGGACUGCCCAAACAUCGAGUGCUGGGGUCUGGCACCAAUCUCGACUCUUCGAGGUUCCGAUUGUUCAUUUCUCAAAGGCUGGGUGUGGCUCCCGAAAGUGUUCAUGGGUGGAUCCUGGGCGAACACGGCGAUUCCAGCGUGGCUGUGUGGUCUGGCGUCAAUGUAGGAGGCGUUCGAUUGAAGGAGCUGAAUCCAGCCAUCGGCACCGACAACGAUCCAGAAAACUGGAAAUCCAUCCAUAAACAGGUGGUGGAUGCCGCCUAUGAAGUGAUCAAACUGAAAGGCUUCACCAAUUGGGCCAUUGGACUCAGUGUUGCCAGCAUCACAAAGAGCAUCCUGCGAAAUUCCAACAAGAUUCUGCCCGUGUCCACUUACAUUAAGGGAAUGUGCGGCAUUGAGCAUGAGGUGUUCCUGUCCAUGCCGUGCACUUUGGGGCGCAAUGGCAUCACUAGCAUCAUCGACCCGCAUUUGGCUGAAGAAGAGCGAUGCUACAUGAAGUUUUCUGCUGCGAAAAUGGUCGAAACUGCCAGCGGAAUUAAGUUUUGAAAUCCAAUGAUAGAGUUUGUCSAUUAUUCAAUCAAUAAAUGAUUUGAAUUC